AUGAAUCGAGCCCUCCUCAUCCUCCUCUCCUUCACUGCAACUCUAGCGAGAGCUUCUGUUGAUUUCGCCACCUGCAUCAAUCAGGUUCGCAAUGGUACCUUCGGCCAUGUUGGUGGGACAGACAACAAGGGAAAUCCCGUGCAGAACAUCUCGGACGCGACUGCUGUAACCUAUGAUCUCUGCCUGAAGGCUUGCGGGGCCGGGGCUGCGCCGUUCGUCUGGAAUAUCUUCAGUCAGCAGUUCAGCAAGUCCAAUAGCGCGUGGCUUCUCCCCUUCCUGGCUCUUAUGGCCCAAUUGCCUUUCGGCGCCACAGACAAGCUUGACAAUGUCGUUGCAGUGUUGCUCUCUGUGGGCUCUCCGACACUGGCCGCAUACUCUCUCGCCUUGACUGUCCUCAAUGGCCACUGGAUUGCUCGCCGAUUCUCCCAGCUUUCUUACCCGAAUGUCCGAUAUGCGAUUCAGAUCCUUAGCCGGCUACAACAAACCCCAAUUCGCAUCAUAUCUGAUGACGCUCUCCUCGCGUCGCUAGUUGUGCUGCCUGAGAAUGACAAGUGGUGGGCAAAGCUCGUCCAUGAUCUCGAGUAUACCCAUACAUGGACAAUCUCGUCGGUUGCCUCUAUAUUAUGGGUCACUGUCGCCUUUCUUUUCACUGUUGUCGACUCUUUCACUGGUACCAUCGACUCAUCCACAUUGAACGCCAACGGCCAAGGUGUUGGCUCAAUAUAUCUUUGGUUGUUGCCCAUUGUCAUAGGAUGGCUCCUUGUUGGACCUAAAUGCGAUUCGUUCCGCCUCCACCAUGCUGUCGAAUCAGUCAACGAACUUGCUUUCGUCGCCACUGAUAAGGAGCGCCCCUCUCCUGCGCAAGAGGUUGAAGUCGAAUUUGCCAUUUCGCUCAAGCGACACUCUGGUCCCGUUCUCCGUGACGAGCAAUGCAGUCCGCCAAUAUACAACUACGCCCGCUUCCUCCCCUGGGUUCAGGCUGUCAACGAGGUCUUUGAUGUGUUCGAGGCAGCAGCAUACCGAGCCAAUAAACACGAUUCUGUUGACCCGGAAGUGCUGUGGCAGCAUGUAAGAUCGGGGAAGGUGCAGCCAAAUAACCGGAGAGGAACCAGGAUCCAAGUGGAAGAGUACGUGCGGAGGCGCGAGAAAAACCGCAGUCGUUGGGGGCCUCAAGUCUUCUCCCGCUUCUUCGUGGCCUCGCUUCUUGCCUUGAUGCUGACUUGGUCAACGACGGGUGCAGCGGUCAUCAUUGUGUGGUUUACGCCAACAGUCGGUCUUGGAUGUCGUUCCGGCGCAUAUGUACUCUAUGGUGCAAUGUCCACGAUUGUUUGGGUGAUGCUCGUGACAUCCAGCGCACUCGCGCACUACUCCGACCACCCGACCUUCAUCGACGAAGACGACCAACCAAUCUAUAGCACCGCUUCCCGUCUUGCUGCAAAUAUUUCGAUUGUCCUCCGCCGCCUGGGCAAACUUUUGGCCGCAGUCAACGCAGUCUGGAUCGUUCUGACGUGCAUUCUUCAGUUCGUGUCCUUCUUUGACAGGUGCUACUGCGACAGCAGUGUUUUGGGCCUGGGUCGAUUUGCAUAUAAUGUGAUCGACUUAGUCCCUGGUGAUAUCUCCACCAUGAAGACGGCUUGGGGCGGCGCGAUUCUUCUUGCUGGAGGAUGCUCGUUGUUGUUUCUGGGGUGGGUCAAGAUGUUUGUGGACCCCCCACUUCCGGCCGAAUAA